AUGGCGCCAACCACCUCGAUCGUCAUUUUGAUCCGAUAUCAUUACCCUCCACCACGGCCAGAAAUCUGUUCCCCGGAAUUGAAGACUAUGAGUGCUCCGAAUGAUAACUAUACGAUACACAAAGUCUCCUUGAAACGUACACGGCAGGCCUGUGGUCCUUGUCGUCGGAAGAAGGCGCGCUGCCCGGGAGAAAAGCCGACAUGUUCGCUCUGCGAAAGGCUCGGCCAGCGCUGCUCAUACGGGCCGCAGGCUGCCCCGAGUCGUGCUGCCACCACUAGAGCUUCUCCUGCUCAUGGGCAGGAACGCGGUUUGGGAGAGCCCGGAGAUGCCAACCUGUCGAGCUCGCAACGAUUCGAGCGCAUUGAAGAGAGAUUGGAUAAGAUGGCAAGCAUUCUCCAGUACGAACGCUAGGAAUGCUUGCUGAAGAACAAUCCGUUGACUGGAGUGGCGAGCGGAAAUUCACUUCCCUCCCAUGGCUAUGGCCACCGCAGCAUGGGCAAUUCUCCCGUAGCCUUGAAUUUCCAAAAUACGGAACGUCGUUAUUCUGUGGGGUACGUGACCUCGCUGCCACCUGAUUUUGUCAAAUCUGAGGUAGAGAUUUAUCUGGCCCAUUUCCAUGACCAGCCCUACUGUGUUUUCUCCAAGGACUGGCUUUUGAGCCGAGAUCUGUCAUUACCUCCGGAAGUCGCAUUCCCAUUAGUGGCUCUUACUUCUCGGAUCUCACGCCGCUCGCCGGGGCCUACUGGAAGCGGCGUGCUUCCUACAAAGCACUAUGCCGACAAGGCCUGGGAUAUCUUGUCAUACCAGUACAAGAGCGGUAAACUGGGUCUUUCAUUUUUACAGGGAACAUUCCUUAUGGCUCAGGUGGACUUCGCCGACGGCCAAUCCCAUCGAGGGUAUUCAUCUGUUGCACUGGGGCUCCGGACGAUUCAAUCUGCCGGCCUGAACAAAGAUAAGUAUACGUCGUCCCUCACAAACUCAGAAGCGGAAGAAAGAAGACGCAUUACCUGGGCCUUUUUUAUGCUGGACCGCAGUUACAAUGCAUCGCGAGACUAUUCAUUGUGCCUUUCAGACAAACAUUUCACCAUUCUUUUUCCUACACCGGAUACGCCAGCCUCGCUCUCUGGUGAGGAAUCACUGGCUCGUGGAACACUACACGACGGGCCCGAAAAGCAAGGAGAAAAGCUUGACCACGGCAUUCUAGCCUGUCUUCUUCGGCUUUACUCCAUUUGGGGCAAAACCACUGAUUAUGUCUUUGAGCCCUUCGACAAAGAUGCGUUACCCCCCUGGCGAUCAGGAUCGGCGCUGGCCGGUCUGGAGUCCGACUGGAUGCAGUUCGAGACUCAUUUUGCCGAUACACAUCGCUAUCGAAGUGUCGACUUCCGACGACGCGCUCGUGAAGAACCGCAUUGUCGCUCGUACCUGUGCAGCUGGCUGUGUGUGCAAUUUCUCUUCCAUUCCGUUCAAUGUCUGCUGCACCAUCCCUUCGUCAACAUGGUUAAGCUCCGCCACAUCGACGGAAACAUACCCGCCACCUUCCUGCAGAAGUCGUAUGAGAGCUCCCUUAUUCAUUCGAGGUGGAUUGCGCGGUUCAUCCGAGAAAUGGAGGAGGUUGACAUCCGGCUGUACGACCCGUUUAUCGGUUAUCUCUGUGCAAUCGCCGCCACCAUUCAGCUCGAGAAUACGGCCAGCAAAAACCCACACAUCGCCCAGCUGGGGAACAGCGAUUUUCGAACGUUGGUUGAUUAUAUGACAGACUUGUCGGCGCAUUGGGAAAACAUGGGUGUCUUAGUCAACCGGGUCAACAAACUGGCUGCGAGACAGAAAAACUACAAGUCGCUAUAUUAUAGCCAGGAUACUUUCUCCGGGGAGCUAACCCGCAUGCCCACGCCGUCCACUAUACCAAGAAUGUCAGAGGCGGACGAAGCUCUGAUGUGGAAUAUUCUCGACUUCAGUUCGUCGUUCACCCCUGCUGAGAUCGUCCAGCUCGGGGACUUGGUCCCGUCACCGUAUCAGCGGAUGGAAACA